AUGGGCAUAUGGAAAAAGGAAAUUGUAGAAGAAGCAAAGAAACAACUAUGGCUGGCAGGGCCUAUGAUAUGUGUCUGUGUGUUUCAGAACAGUUUACAAAUGAUAUCUGUUAUGUUUGUAGGCCAUUUGGAUGAGCUUUUUCUGGCUGGUGCUUCUUUGGCUACUUCAUUUGUCAAUGUUACUGGUUUCCAUGUGUUGAUGGGUAUGUCAAGCGCACUAGACACAUUAUGUGGUCAAGCAUAUGGAGCACAGCAAUAUCACAUGGUUGGGGUACACACCCAAGGAGCCAUGUUGGUUAGCACCCUUGUUACUCUCCCUGUGUCCAUUAUUUGGGUAUACUUAAGCCCAAUUCUAGUUGUUCUUCAUCAAGACAAAGCAAUUGCAUCACAAGCUCAGCUAUAUGCACGUUACUUGAUUCCAAGCCUUUCUGCCAACGCUCUUUUACGGUGCAUUAUUAAGUUCCUUCAAACCCAAAACAUAGUAUUUCCUAUGGUGCUAGCCACUGGUCUUACUACAAUGUUACACUUCUUUCUAUGUUGGGCUUUGGUUCUAAAAUUUGGGCUUGGUAUGAAAGGAGCUGCCAUUGCAACUUGCAUUUCAAAUUGGUUUAAUACCAUACUAUUGGCGCUUUAUAUAUGGCUCUCCCCUUUAUGCAAAAGAACUUGGAAUGGUUUCUCAAAGGAAUCAUUGCAUAAAAUCCCUCAAUUUCUCAGACUUGCUUUUCCUUCAGCACUCAUGGUCUGCUUAGAAACAUGGACAUUUGAACUUAUGGUGCUUUUGUCUGGUGCACUUCCAAAUGCAAAAUUGCAAACUUCAGUACUGUCUAUAUGCCUCAAUACAGCUGGUAUAGUUUGGAUGAUACCAUUUGGAGUUAGUGCUGCUGGAAGUACAAGGAUCUCAAAUGAACUAGGGGCUGGCUAUCCAAAAGCUGCAUAUUUAGCUGUCAAAGUGACCUUAUUGUUGGCCUUCAUAGUGGGACUACUAGAAUUUGCUUCCCUAAUGCUGGUAUGGAAAGUUUGGGGUCGUGCUUUUACCAAUGUACAUGAAGUGGUUGCAUAUGUGACUUCCAUGAUGCCAAUUCUUGCAAGCGCUGCCGUCAUAGAUUCAAUUCAAACGGCAUUCCAAGGUGUUGCCAGAGGAUGUGGUUGGCAGAAGCUUGGUGCAUAUGUGAAUCUUGGAUCUUAUUAUCUCUUGGGUGUUCCUUUUGCAGUUGUGUCAGCUUUUGUCCUCCACAUGAAGGGACAGGGGCUAUAUUUGGGGAUUGUAUUAGCACUUAUUGUGCAAGUGGUGUGUUUUCUUUUGGUUACCUUACGCACCAAUUGGGAGAAAGAAGCAAAUAAGGCAGCAAAAAGAGUAGGAGGCAAUGGAGUCCAAGUUGAGGCACUUCCGGGUGACUAA